AUGGUUCUUGACACUGUGGAUAUUCUUCGCUGGAAAAUGGCAAGAAAGAACCUCCGUCGUAGCCGCUAUGAAGCACGAUGCGUGCUGAACGCCUACGCAGACAAGGUUGCCCGUCCCAACGCUCUCAUGCAUCUUCCACAUGAGGAACGAGUAGACUUGAUGCCCAGCUACACAUUCUCCGCCGGAAAAUGGCCGGAAUCGGUCAACACUUACAUCAUAUGCCUCGAAGAGUACAAGAGUCAAGACACGCUUCGCUUCAUGCUCCCAUGCCGACACGACUUUCAUCAACCCUGCAUCGACAAGUGGUUGCGCCAUGCCGUGAGCUGUCCGCUGUGCAGACAGAGUGUCUUUCUGCCGGAGCCACCCCUUCGUCGUCUUUCGGAGGAGGAGCCAGCGACUGGAGCACCGGAUUCGACAGAGCAUACCUGA